AUGUCAUUACCAUUCCUUACUUCAGCUCCGGGCAAGGUGAUCAUUUUUGGUGAACACUCUGCUGUAUACAACAAGCCUGCCGUUGCUGCCAGUGUGUCUGCAUUGAGGACCUACCUACUAAUAAGCGAGUCCUCCACUCCAGACACCAUUGAAUUAGACUUCCCUGAUAUCAGCUUCAAUCACAAAUGGUCCAUCAACGAUUUCAACGCUAUCACCAAGGAUCAAACAAACUCCCAAAAAUUGGCUAAGGCGCAGCAAGCCACUGAUGGUUUAUCCCACGAACUCGUUAACCUUUUAGAUCCAUUGCUGGCUCAAUUGUCAGAGUCUUUCCAUCACCAUGCAGCAUUCUGUUUUCUGUACAUGUUUGUUUGCUUAUGUCCACAUGCAAAGAAUAUUAAGUUCUCAUUGAAAUCUACUUUACCCAUCGGCGCUGGGUUGGGCUCUAGCGCCUCUAUUUCCGUGUCUUUAGCAUUGGCUAUGGCCUACUUGGGUGGGUUGGUUGCGUCUAAUGAUUUAGAAAAGUUGUCGGAAAACGAUAAACAUAUAGUGAAUCAAUGGGCCUUUAUAGGUGAAAAGUGUAUUCAUGGUACUCCUUCAGGAAUAGACAACGCAGUGGCCACCUACGGGAAUGCCUUACUAUUUGAAAAAGAUUCCCACAAGGGAACAAUCAACACAAACAACUUUAAAUUUCUAGACGAUUUCCCAGCCAUCCCGAUGAUUUUAACUUAUACUAGAAUUCCAAGGUCUACCAAAGACCUAGUGGCUAAUGUUCGUGUUUUGGUAACUGAGAAAUUCCCUGAAGUUAUGAGACCAAUAUUGGACGCUAUGGGUGAAUGUGCUUUACAAGGCUUAGAGGUCAUGACCAAAUUAAGCAAAUGCACAGGUACCGAUGAAGAGGCUACAGAAACCAAUAAUGAAUUGUAUGAACAACUACUUGAUCUAAUAAGAGUAAAUCAUGGAUUACUUGUCUCUAUUGGUGUCUCUCAUCCUGGAUUAGAACUCAUUAAGAAUCUAAGCGAUGAUCUAAGAAUUGGUUCCACAAAACUGACUGGUGCUGGUGGAGGCGGUUGCUCAUUAACUUUGUUACGCAGAGAUAUUACUCAAGAACAAAUAAAUACUUUCAAAAAAAAACUUCAAAGUGAUUUUAGCUAUGAAACAUUUGAAACAGAUUUGGGUGGUACCGGCUGCUGUUUGUUAAGUGCAAAAUAUUUGAAUAUGAAUUCUCAAGUUAAAAACCAAAUUUUCGAAUUAUUCGAAGACAAAACUACUACGAAGCAACAAAUUGACCAUUUAUUAUUACCAGGAAGCACAAAACUACCAUGGACCUCAUGA